AUGGCGGGAAUGGGCCUGGUGAAGGCUCUUCACACUGACAUGUUCUCCAGUUAUACCUGGAAGCUUCAGUCCCUGGUCAGGCCCAAGCUACAAUAUAGAGCUGCACCUGCAGCUCAGGUUAUUCAACAACUCCUCUUUUGGGGGACACCCAAAGAAGAUAUCAGGGUCGUCACCGACAGUGACCAUGGAAUAGCAGGGACUUUUAGCUCCUUAGUGUUCUUUGGGGACCCCCCAAAAUCUGGGCAUAAAAAUUUGAUGCUUGUCAAGGAUAUCCCCCAGACCACAGGACCCCAGAACCAGAGGGUCCAACACCGAGCAUGUCUUCAUCCAGUGACUGGGAAUGAAGAAAAAAAUGGCUCUUUUAAAACAGGCAGCCAAGAGGCAAUAUGCCCCUGGGCUACAGAGUUUUUCCAGAUGCAAAUAAAGGCUGAGGUGAAGGUGUUAAAGCAGAGGUUUACCUUCAAGAACUAUCAGUUUGUUUUGGCCUUGACUUUUGCUAUGGAAGAGAUAAAAAAAUCUCCUGCUCUUUUACAUAACUUGACUCUGGGAUUUGAUAUCUGCAAUGUUGAAUUUGAAUUCUCAACAGCAUUUAAAAAUCCCUUCAUUUGCUUUUUUGGGAACUACAUGGUUCCUAACUACUCGUGUAUCAGUGGCAGCAAGCCGAUAGGAGCACUUACAGGACCAUCAGGAGUAACAUCUGCCCAGAUAGGUACAUUGCUGGACCUCUACAGGUUUCCACAGCUCACCUUUGGGCCUUUUGAUCAGGCCCUAAAUGACCACAGGAAGUUCCCUGCUCUCUAUCAGAUGGCCUCAAAGAACACGUCCAUAGCCACUGCCAUGGUCUCCUUACUGCUUUACUUCAGAUGGAACUGGGUGGGACUGUUAACCUUUCCAGAUGAGAAUGGCUUGUGGAUUCUUCAUCUACUGAAAGAAGAGAUGAAUAAGAACAGAGUUUGUGUAGCCUUUGAACUAGCAAUCCAAAACUAUGGCGUAUCACUUGAAAUGAUGACACAGUAUAACCAGAUUAACAAAUCUUCAGCCAAUGUCCUCAUCAUAUAUAGUGAUAAGGAAAGCACAGUAGAUUUAAUGGAGUUUAUUGAGCAGUAUUUAAUAAAAGGUAAAGUUUGUAUCCUGAACUCACAGUGGGAGUUACCCAUGAGAAGGAGAUAUUUCAUGCGAGGUUCAUUCCAUGUCCCGCUUGCUUUUUCACACCAUCACCCAGAUGUUUCUGGAUUCACAGAUUUUGUCAAGGCAGUGAACCCUUCCAAAUACCCAGAAGACUUUUUCCUUGCUUGGCUCUGGUUUGUCUCUUUUAAUUGCUCAGAUUCUGAGUUUGACUGUGUAACAUGGGAGAACUGCCCUCAUGAGUCCUCCUUGGAUUGGCUGCCUAGGCAGAUUUUUGAUAUGACUAUGUCUGGAGAAAGUUACAAUAUAUACAAUAGUGUGUAUGCUGUGGCCCAGGCUAUUCAUGAGAUGCUGCUACAUCAAACAGAAGCACAAACAAUAGAAAACAGGAAAGAGACAGUGUCUUCCCCUGCACAGCUGCACCCUUUUCUGAAAAACACCCAAUUUCAGAAUCCUGUUGGAGAUCAGGUGAUUUUAGAUAACAAAAGAAAAUUGGAGGCAGAGUAUGACAUUGUGAACAUUUGGAAUUUCCCAGAAGGUCUUGAUCUUAAAGUGAAAAUAGGAAAGUUUUCUCCAUUUGCUCUACAUGAUCAUCAACUAUCUUUAUCUGACAAUAUGGUAGAGUGGCCUCUAGGAACUACAGAGACUGUUCCUUCUGUAUGCAGUGAGAGUUGUCAUCCUGGAUUCAGGAAAUCCAUUCAGGAGGGAAAGGCUGCCUGUUGCUUUGAUUGUACCCCUUGCUCAGAGAAUGAGAUGGCUAAUGGGACAGACAUGGAGCAAUGUGUGGAGUGUCCAGAUCACAAGUAUGCCAACACAGAGAGAAACCAGUGCCUCCUAAGAGCUGCAAGCUUCCUGGCUUAUGAGGAGCCCUUGGGCAUGGCCUUGGCCUGCAUUGCUCUUGGUUUAUCCACACUCACAGCACUUGUUCUUGGGGUCUUUGUGAAACAUCACAAUACCCCCAUUGUCAAGGCGAAUAACCAGGCUCUCAGCUACAUCCUGCUCCUCUCCCUCAUCUUCUGUUUCCUCUGUUCCUUGUUCUUUAUUGGCCGUCCCAACACAGUCACCUGCAUUCUACAGCAAACCACAUUUGGAGUUGCAUUCACUGUAGCCAUUUCUGCUGUUUUGUCCAAAACUGUAACUGUGAUUCUGGCCUUCAAGGUCACUUCUCCAGGGAGAAGGAUGAGGUGGCUGCUGCUGUCAGGGGCUCCUAACUUCAUCAUUCCCAUUUGCACCCUGAUCCAGGUGACUCUCUGUGGAAUCUGGCUGGGAACUUCUCCUCCUUCCAUUGACACAGACACACACUCUGAACAUGGCCACGUCAUCCUCCUGUGUAACAAGGGCUCCCUCACUGCCUUCUACUGUGUCUUGGGAUACCUGGGCUCCCUUGCCCUGGCCAGCUUCACUGUGGCUUUCCUGGCCAGGAACCUGCCUGACACCUUCAAUGAAGCCAAGUUCCUGACCUUCAGCAUGCUGGUGUUCUGCAGUGUGUGGCUCACCUUCCUGCCUGUCUACCACAGUGCCAAGGGCAAGGUCAUGGUGGCUGUGGAGGUCUUCUCCAUCUUGGCCUCCAGUGCAGGGCUUCUGGGCUGCAUCUUUUUCCCCAAGUGCUACAUCAUCUUGAUAAGGCCAGAUAGAAAUUGUCUGCAUAGCUUCAGGGACAAAACACAUACUGGGAGAAAUAAGUCUUCUUAA